GUCAAUAAGUCAAUUGUCGACCAGUGAAGAUAAAACGUCUGCUUGUGAGGCAACGGUCGCUUUCGCCUCAUCUUUUAGCCACUAUCGUCAUCUUGAAAAUUUUCUACUCAAUUGCAAGAAUCCAGUUUUUCCUAUUUAAAUAUUCAUUGCGAACAUGGAAAUUGAGGCUGUUGCGUGGAUUUCAUUGCUCGUCUUCUGCAUGUAUUUCGCUUCUUCCGCCGCCAAUAUUAGGAAUGAAGAGAGUCAUGAGGUACUCAAGUUUGCUGAUUGCCAAAAUUAUGCAAGAAAUAAAUCUGCUCUAAGUGCACCAGUGUUCAGUGUUGUUGACGGCGAAAAUCUGAGUUUCAAAGAGUGUGGCUUGUGGAAUAGAAGUGCGGACAAUCCAAUCUCUCCGUGGAUUGUUUACCUGAGAGACGAUGGUUCGAUCAAAAAUGCGGGUCAUGCAUAUGGUGUCAUUUUAUCGGAUCAAACAAUCCUUACCGUUGAACUGAAGAAAAUGUAUCGUGCUUUCAAAGACGGAAAUAAAAUUUCAAUUUUCGGUGGAAAAUGUUUUGACGCAGAAAAAUGCUUCGAGGGGCGAGGAUUGCUCCGUCAGAAGCUAAACGAUGUGGUUGAAUUGGAUGUACAAAUUGGCUCUUUUUAUUUAGCAUCGGUGCACAUUUGGACAGUUGAAAAACUUGAGUUGAUUUCAAGUUUGCAGCCGCUGUGCUUGUGGAAUGGAGACAACAAGAAUGACGCGGGCAAGACUUGGCAUUUUUUCCGAUGGAACCGACGAGCCCGGGGCUUGGAGAUUACAAAAACCGAGUUUCAACAGGAGAAUGUUUGCUUCAGAGACAGAUUAAUCAAAAGUAGGGAGUGCGACAUGUACACAAAUUCAAUUUGCACCUCAAAAAAUCAGGGCUAUCCUCAGUAUCUGCUAAUCCAUCGAGGAUUUCGCUUUUAUUUGCGUGGACUUGACGCUUUGGUUGGAAUUGAAACUUUAGCCUGGCUUGACCUGCUUCCUUUCACCAAACGCAUCGUCUUGGCAACCAAAGACCUCGCCGUCAUGCCCGAAACCCCUGAGCUGAAGAGGAAGAUAGAUUUUGGAGAGAGCCAAAGUUUUCGAGAUUGCGGAUUUAAAGAAAGUCACCUUCGAGCCACAAGGGAAAGUGAGAAGUCUUCACGCUCAGCGCAUGUUGGUAAUGGUCGAAAUGCGGUCAGGGGUCAACACCCGUGGCACGCUUCUCUUUCCACCUUUGAUGGAUUCGACAAUUUCUGUGGAGCGACUCUCAUUUCCAAGACGACCCUGGUCACAGCUGCACACUGUCUCUUUAUGAAUGAUGGAAGUAUGAUAAAAUCGAGUCAAUUAAAAAUUGUCCUUGGAAUACACAAUGCCGAAGAAUUGGCGGAAAAUUACCGGCAGAAUUUCAUGGUUUCGAAACUUUUGGUGCACCCUGACUACAGCCAAACAAAGAAAGACUAUCAAAAUGACAUCGCCCUAAUAAUCCUGGUCUCAGAAGUGCUUGUCAAUUACUACAUGCGUCCAAUCUGUCUUUGGAACUUUGGUUACGAGCUGAGCAGGAUUGCCAACAAAACUGGCACGUUGGUCGGCCUUGGUUAUACGACAGAAACAGAUUAUCCAGGUAUUCUGCAGGAGGCGCAGCUCAAGGUAGUCUCCAACGAAGAUUGCUAUGAGAGCAGCAGAUCAUUCUUUUCGUAUAACCUUCGACCCACAAAAAACUUUUGCGCAGGAUUUCCAGAAAACCAUACUGGCGCAUGUAACGGAGACAGUGGCGGAGGAUUUGUUCUUGAAGUACGCGACAGGAUCUUUCUGCGCGGGGUCGUCAACAUGGGUCGCCUCAGAGAAGCGAUUGAUUCAGACGGAGCAGUCACCAUAAAAUGCAACCUCGCGUACUACUCGCUCUUCACUGACGUGACAUAUUUCAUGGAAUGGAUCGUCAAAAACACACCAGACCUCCGUGCCUCAUUUUUGUAAUUCUUGCGCGAAAACACUAACAAAUUAAAUCCAUUUUGUUGCACAUCUGAUGCGUUUGCGCCAGCUUUGAUUAUUUUUUUGUGAGCUUAAAUAUUCUAAUUCGUCGUUAUUUUUUGACGAAUUUUUGAUGCAAUAAAAUCACGUCCUUCAAAAUCAAAAA